AUGUCGGGAGAGCCGGGCAUCAUCGACGUGCUGGAUGACGAGAAGCAUCGAGAACAACGCCAACUCUUCAAUCAAGGGUUUUCCACCCGGGCACUGAAGGAGCAGGAGCCCUUGUUGCUCAAGCACGUCAACAGAUUGACAGCAGCCGUCCAGUCGCGCGCUGAUCAGGGUCUCGAGACGAACAUGGUAGACAUGUUCAACUUCUUAGCCUUCGACGUUAUGGGUGAUCUAGCUUUCGGCACCUCUCUUGGUCUAUUGGAGCGAUCAGAAUACAACAGCUGGGUUCGUGUGAUAGUUGCAACGAUCAAAGUAGUCACUAUCCGCAUCGUGGUAUUUUACCACGUUCCUUUUGCGUCAAAGAUCCUGCCGCUCUUGGUCCCGAAAUCGAUGAAGGCAAAGCGAGAUGCGCACAUGAAGUUCGCCGAAGAUCGUGUGAAGGAAAGAUUGGAAAGAAAGACCGAUCGUCCAGAUCUCUGGGGUCUGAUCACCGGUGGACCCGGCGGAAAGAAAGCGAGCCUCUCUCUGGAUCAAAUGGUCGGCAAUGCCGCUCUCUUCAUGGUGGUAGGGUCAGAAACUACGGCAACAGUGCUUUCGGGAACGCUAUAUUUACUUUUGAAGAAUCCCCACUGCAUGAUGAGAUUGAAGCAAGAGAUCUAUGACAGUUUCAAGUCGAAAGACGCGAUGACAAUAGAGGCACUGCCGAGGUUAGCGUACAUGAGCGCAGUUCUAGACGAAGCCAUGCGAGUCUACCCUGGCGCUCCGGAGACGUUGGCGAGGUUGGUACCAGCAGCCGGUAUGCAGAUUUGUGGCAAGUAUGUUCCGAAGGGCGCCACGGUGUUUAUACUCCACUAUCCGAUGUUUCACUCCUCGAGAAACUUCGUCCGACCAGACGAUUUCGCUCCAGAGAGAUGGUUGCCUGAAGGCUCCGUGGAGUUUGAGAAGGACGACAAGAACGCGUUCAACCCUUUCUCAGUCGGUCCACGCGCCUGCCUUGGAAGAAAUCUGGCACACUAUGAGUUGAGGCUUGCCUUGGGCCACUUGUUGUGGGACUUCGACUUCGAGCUCAACGAAAGCUGUGAUGACUGGAUGGAUCAACAAACAUACUCUUUCUGGCUGAAGCCGCCACUCAUAGUUACGGCUCGAGAGGCAGACCGGAAGCCAUAG